GGGGCGGACAAAUCGGAAACAAGAUCUGCAUCUGAAGGCACGAGCGGCGCAUGAUCCAUGUCGAACUUGCCACUGGCUACAUCAGAAAUGUCUAGAUCAUGGAGUCGUUCUUUGACGCUGAGGGUUUGAAGGCAGGCGAGGAGUUGGGUAACGACUAUUGCGACAGACGUUUGACCUUUUCCCAUCAGAAUCAGGGAAACCCUACAGAUUUAAGUUUCGGCCUGUCCUCCAUAAUCUCCAACACAUCGAGUGGCGGGCACACGUCGUCUGGUUACGCCGACUCCAGUUUCGCUGACGAACGAGACGAGCUGACGCCAACAGGUAGACAGAACAUUCCAGACACUUGUGUUGUCAAACGUUCAAAGACUUCCAUAUUGAGACAGAAGUUACGACUAACAAGAGUUUCCUCGCGGAACCGAUCAGCAAACAGUAUUGGUCUUGGUAGCAAGCCAAGAUUCAGAGCUUCUCUGGUAACUUCUGACCAAGUCUGUCGUACCGGGUAUGCACAGAAGUCAAGUCACGCGCACAGAUCACCGCCAAGGUGUACUACAGACGAGGAGUGUGUGGAUUUCUAUAUAGAGAAAUACCUCCCCUUUCAACACUCUCAACAAAAAUGUCGUUCGUCCAUUAGAAAGCCCAAGGUUGAUAAUUUUAUCUCUGGCAAAGAGAAUGUCAAAGGAUACAAGAGUGACAAACGGACCAGAGGGAGAGAUCAAAUUGAAGUGUGUUCAGAGCUAGAGACGGAGAAGGCUAAAUACAAGAGACGACCGUUGUCGGCUUCUGAAUGCCGCAAAGUGGGCAAGGCAAAACAUGUAGGUCGGCGGGAGGCGAGGGGAGACUACCAGGACGGGAAAUCCAGGCGGCGCAGAUGGCGAGCAGAUCACGUUAGCGAUGAAUAUUUGGCCAAGUUAGAUGCAUGUCUCGUCAGUAAACCCUGUCAGAUGAACAGGAAAAACAGAAGUUGGUCAGAGCCGCGCUGUAGCAGUACUUCCAAAACCUUCAAAGCUAUCAUUGAUGAAGUUGUAUCUUGUCAGGGGGCGAGUUCUCAGUUUGUGAAUAAGCUCUGGGGACGUGGGAAGCAUGAUGGUAUUGCGGUUGAAUCAUCUCUUGUUGGACAUAAAGAAAGUAAGACCCGCGCCAUGCACCCCGCAGCCUAUAAAAAAAGAAGUAAGUCAACGUCUGUCAGACGCGAGACUCUGUUGACAAAUUCACGUGACUGCUCCAGUGAGCCGUGUCCACGGCCAACCAUCGUUCCCCUUUCCGGAGUUAGUGCUCAUAGCAGACAAAGAGCUCGUAGGAGGUACAAGAGGUCAGAGUUCCGGUAUCCACCCAGAAGGGGCGUACGGCUCUGUAAGACUCCCACCGUAGCCGAUUUUGAACUUCCCACCCCAACAAUUGCGUCGCUUCUAAGAUCACAGUUGUGUCAAAUGUCCCAGCCGGCAUCCAGAAACGGGCAGUCUGCACGAGGCACCGUGACGGUGGGGAAGACUUCAGCCCGGGGACGGAGGCAGCAGAAGGGGCAAGAGCAAACACAGAGAGGUUCCUUGACCGAUCGAAUGGACAUGCCUGGUCGUGGAGCUGGGCGUAACUCGGACUUUGUGAACUCAAGUGGAGGUUCAAAUAAAGCAAAAGCUAACCCUAGUCGAGAAUUGGUAAAUCAUGUCUACAUCCUGAAAUCCUUGCCUGAAGACAUAACACCCAGCGAAACAGAAACUGUCAUGAAGUCUGUGAAAUCUAUCUGUCAGAAAAGAAUUUGUUCUGCUGACAGAUGUACACGCCCCUUUGCAUUUCACAGAUCUUUCAACAGGAGACAUAGAUCUAACCAGACAGUGAAGCCAGGCUGGGAACACGACGUAACAAGUGAGCCCAAUCUGGGCUCAACCUCGCGACCUGGUAGGGCUAUCACACCGGUGGACCGGUCUAGAAAGGAAUCAAAUCGGAGGGGUUGUGCAAGGUUGAAAAGUAAAUCGCCGACAGAGAGCGAUCGUAACUGUCACUCGAGAAAAGCUGGCGUUCAGUCCUCGACAAGUUGCUGUACAGAUCGGGGCGUCCCCGCCGUGCGUAAGUUUGGUGUUGAGGGAGAACCUCGGCCAGCCAAGGAAAACACAGAACAUAUGGCAGGGGCAGAAAUGCGCUGCAAGCAGGGAGGAUGUUCUUGUCGCAGCUGGAAUAAACACUCAGUGAAGCAAAGUGACCAGAAAACCAGUGUAGGGAUUCAACAUGUUGAGGUUUUAGAGAAGAAAAUUACUAGCAAUGAGCCUCCUGAUGACAGCCUGACAUCCAUGAAAGACGUGAGCUUGCAAACGUCCCUCGUCAGUACCAACAAUGUUGAGGGGGGGAAAACCUGGAGCUUAUCCCCUUCUCAGAUCAUGCACGAGUCAGGGGUUUCCGUGUCAAACUCCAGCCACCCUGUCACAAUACCUGGUGGUCAAUCGCCAGUAAAUGGACGUGGCUGUUCAGAAAGAAAGAACGCUGUAUCAGACCGAGCAGGCAUCGAGUCCAAGGAUAAGUGUGUUUGGAAAAACGGUAACACUUUUCUGACUUCAGCAGCUUACGGUACACCCCGGGCAGUCCGGGCCGUCCGGGCAGCGCAAAGGACACAGACACACGAGGGAGGCUUGGGAGAGACGCCACAGUACAAGGGUUGGCAGGUCGCUGGGUCAGGGAACGGGGUGGCUGCAUCGAGUGGUCAUUGGUGUCCACUCGACCAGACACAUGCCGCCAUAUCGGUGAGGACCCCACCGGGGGUCGUUGGCUCAGCAUUCCUCCCACCGUGUCCACACGAAAAGGCAGAGGAUGUGAUCAGCGUCAACUUGAACGACGAGAGACACGAAAUUCUCCAGAUUCUCAGUGACUCUAGCUCGGGAGGAACGUAUAAUGUACAGACUUCCUUGAAAGACAGAGAUAAAACGCGAACCAACAAUCCCACAGUGAGAGACAAGUCGGAUCCCGUGAUGGCUGUCACUGUUCCUGGCGUGCCCGUGGACAAUUCAGCGCGGGGCGGGGCCGGGACUUGUGCGGGAGGGGCGGACGUCAGCUCUGAUUGGUUCAGCUCUCUCCACACGGAAGUGAACCUGGGGGAUCUGUCGGGUCUGUCCACAGGCACCGCCCACACCGACACGUCUGUCACACUCAGACUGGCGGAUCUGAGGCCGCUCACCGAGCUGGACUCCUCUUUCAGCAACGCCAGCACGGCAGAUUCAGCCGUGAGAGAAUGCAGUAUAGGAGAACGCAUUGUUCAAACCGCCGAUGAUCGUGCAAGGAGAGAGCUCAAAUGUCCGUGUGCCCCGUGCUCCAGAGUCGGCGAGGACAGAAGCGAUGGACUGACAGGGAGAACCACAGUGCAUGCAGAUGUACUCGUGGGCCUGACUUCGGUAUCAAGCACAAACCUUGAGACCAUUGAUGGAAGAACAAUGCGUACAAAUUGUUCCGAAAAUGCCGUUCAUUGCAACAUUUUAAAAAGUUCAAAUGUUUCUCCGUUUUUUGGUACUUUGGACUUUGAAAGUACUCCAAAAGCAGAUAAGAACAGUAUUCACGGAGAAAAGAAAAAAAACCACUCUGUCUUUCAAGGAAAAUAUUUCCAUGAAAGAACGGGCAAACCAAACGUGCCGAAUGUUCCCCAGGUUUGGAAGGAACAUAACUCAGAAAUGAAGUGCAGUAAAAAGGUUUCAAGUUCCUGGGAGACCGGCAAAGGGUGGUCUCCAUCUCUUUCAUCAAGACUUGAUGAGGAUACUGCCACAGACGGUCUGUCACGAGCUACGAGUAAAUUUUCAACAAGAACAUGUUUAUCAGAAAACCGGCAAACUUCAUGUGGUUCACAAAGUUCCGCCCAUGUCUCCGUGUGCCUAACAGGUCAAGGUACAUCUGUGUCCCAUAAGACGGUUCAUGAUAAAGCUAUCAUGCUGCUCCACUCUUUGUCUCCGCUACAUCCAGCAGAUGUGAAUACUGUAUAUUCGAUACCAAAUACAACACAAAACGAGACUUCAUCUGCGACAUCAAAUUCACAAAGUUCUCGAAGAUGUAGCACAACGGAAAAUUGCAAUGUUCAGGCGCAAAGCUUAUCGAGGUCAAACCACGAAAAUCCCACCCCGAGGGUUGAAAAUACUGCUGGCUCUAACAAUUCCCGAGAGGGAAAACCAGAAGUCACGGAGUUAAAGAAGUCUGGUUCCAACAACCUGGACAAAGCCAAUCGCCCCUCCCCUCAGUUCAACGUCACCAAAGCCCACCGAAACAUCUGCCCCGACUCGGCAGUCACAGCAGCAGGUUCCCCUUCUGGGUCCAGCAGACACAUCCGGCCCUCGCUUGGCCUCACGACAGACGACAAGUUCAGCGUGGAGGGCGGCGUCUCCCCUCUCCCACACCAAAGACCCGUGGUAAUGAAGACCUACGCGUCCACCUCGGACACGCCCGUUCAGGUUGAGUUGUUGAAGCCCUGGCAAGCUUCAGACGGGGAGAAGACGUCCCCUCACAGUGGCCCCCAACGACUGCAGUCAGGCCGAUCGACGAGAAGACGGUCACACGGGAACUCAGGUCAUUGUUGCUUCACGAAGGGUGGGGGUGAACCAAAGUCUGGUCAACUGUCGUCUGGGCCUGGUGGCGGGGGGCGUGGCAGUCACAGACCGACGGGCUGUUUCGUUGACGGGGCACGUACCAGGAAGUCAUCUACUCAGUUCCCUCCUCUGUACAAAAGUUGGCCCUCUGUGACUUCAGAUGAGGAUAGCAAAGACGCUUGUGAAUGGGACAACUCCGAUGACAACAGCAGCAACAACAACAACAACAACAACAACAACAACAACAACAACAACAGCCUCAAUGAUAGCAAGAUCAAUAACAGCUACGGCAGCAACAACAGCGACGAUAAAAACAAAAACAACGACGACUACAGAAACUUCAAAUACAACAGCUGCCAACCUAACAACGAAAACAACAGCGGCACGAGAGAUUAA